AUGGGUAAAUGGAGUGAUAGCCCUAGAGUAGGUCUCUUUGGACUUCUUACUUAUGGAGCUAUAUUCGGUCUCUUCUUCCACUACACUUAUAACGUUGAAGUUAAAAAUACUUGCACUGCCAUAGAUUCCUCAGAUACUGCGUCCUAUAAGGAUGGUGAUGUUGAUGCUUCCUAAAAAUUUCAGACUGUAUUGAUGAUGUAUACCUGGACAUUUUUCAUUGGUAUUAUAAGAGAAUUUCUUAGAACUACUAACGAUAAACUCAACAGUGAUAUUGUUAAGGGGGUGAUUAAUUUUUUCUUUCUCGCUGAAUUAGUCCAAUUGGCUGCAUUGAUAAUGAUGCAUGUCUACAGACUCCAACACUCAGGAAAAGUCUGUGCUGGGGACUAUCUUAAUGAUGAUGAAUUUGAAAAAGCUGAUGAAGGAAAUUUGUAUCUUAUCUCGAGAGGCAAAUUUCUCUGGGGAUGGUUGAUCUUGAACUGGACUAUUCUUGGUCUCUGUGGUUGCUUAAAUAUCACAAUCUUCAUGUGCAAGAAGUUCUAGUGA